AUGGAGAGAAGACUAGUACUGGAACAAGAUCAGGAAAAAGAAAUUAGAAGACUUGAAGCAAUACAGAAGCAACAACAACAGGAAGAUCGUCGAAAACGGCAAGAACUUAAAGAGAAGCUGCGAGAAUACAAGGCCAAAGAAGAUGAAAUAGAAGCGGCAACACGGAGACAGGAAAUUGAGCAGAAGAGAGAAGCAGAAAAACUGGCAAAGCAAUUGGAGGACAUGAAACUGCAGCAGAAAAAAGAAAAAGAUGCAGAUGAGAAAAGACGAAGAUAUCUUGGUAACAUUUGA